AUAACACAAUCUCGAAGGCAUGCCAUUUACGUUAAAAUGGUAGUGUAUUUUGUUACGUUUUAAUAUAUGUAAGACUUGUAAAAGUGCAAGGUCAUUUAUUGAUUUUUCAAUGACGAUUUCUAAGAGUCAUCUUCUAAGCUAACCUCUGAUCAGGGUGUCAUACUGACUGUGAAAUGAAAAAGAAGAAAUUGCUACAAGCUUGGCUUGCUGUAUUUCUUUUAAUUAUUGAGAGAUGCUCAGGGCUGUGCCCUGUGGACUUUAGCUGCGGAUGGAAGUCGCAGUGUGUUAAUACCAGCUGCCAUUGUUCUCCUGGAUAUGUGCUGCACUCCAACCAACAAGACUGCCAAAAUAUAAGUUGUUCACAGCAGGACUGCCUAGAGUGUGGUGCUAGCAGAUGUAGGAGGUGUACAAAUUUUCUGGAUAAAGAAACAAGCAAUUGUCUAGAAAAGUGCAAUGGACAAGCCCAGAAGUUGCAGCUUCCUGAUCUCCAAGGCAGUAUAUGUGAAAGAUUUGAAAAUGACAGUGACAAAAUGGACAUUAUCAUUGGUGUGGUAGCAGGAGUCACAGCGGGAAUAUUUCUUUGUGUAAUUAUGGGCCUCAUAUUCUAUUGCCAUGUGAAGAGGACAAGGAAAAAAAUAAAUUUGCAGCAGAAACAUUACAAGGCAGAAAAUAUGCAAUCUGGGACACACACUACUAUACCGCUUUAUGACAACAAAGGAUUUGAACCAGACUCCGACAUGUUACAGAAAAGUGUGGUAGAUAAAGAGGUUUACCUGGCAGAGCUCGACAAAUUGAGGCCUCAGGCUCCAUCAUUGCUGUCCCUCCUUAAUCACAUCAGACAGAAGCUCAGAGCCAUGGACCCCGAGGACACCAGGGUUUCCACUUACAAGGGUGUCAUCCAUCAACUGUGCCGGGUAUUGGUGUUGGUUCAUAAGAAGGACCCUGGGGUCAGCGUGCCUUCUGAUGCACUCGGACUUAUAGAAUGGGCCAUGCAGAUGUUGGAGGAUUAUCAGAUGGGAAAUCAGGAGCAGAAUGGAUCAGGUAAUUCAGCUGAGGUGGUAGAAAGCAAGAUUUCAUACAUAGAUGUCCCAGAGAAGAACCAGAGCCAUCAGUAUGCAGUUCCCAUCGUCGCACGAGCAGAGAGUGACACCAACAUCGCCUCUCAAACUAGCUACUACAGCAGUGCCCCUGUGCCUGUUGAAUACCAUAGUCACACUCUGCCUUCUUAUGCUAAAAUACGCAAUUCUGUCUCAACCUUACUUCCAGAUAAAAAUAGAAACAAGAGAGAAUCUGUAAGAAAUUCCGCACAAAAUACAGUGAACAGUUCAAAGAGUAAUGACUCUUCCACAGGCUAUUUUCGAAAUGGUCACUACUAUGAUCCUGGUCCUAAUCCCGACAUUUAUGCUCCUGCUAGUUCCUACAGUGAUCGCAGUAUGAAACUCUUGUCAACAUUUCAAUCAGACAUCAGAAGGACUCCAUCCAUUUCUUCUUCUGUGUCAUCAGCUGGAGGAGGGGUGGCUAGAGAUGAUGUAGAGGAGGAAAGUGUGAACAAUGACCCCCUUCCAUUUGAUCCAAAGGAUGCCACUGAGCCGGUGGAAGUAUAACGAUCCACCUCCAGAUGAUGUGGAGUGUCUAUUGAUUUUGUCAUGAAGAACAGUAAUAGAAAUUGGUCCCAAAGAAUUUACAGGUUCUGUUUUCAAGUUAUUUGUCAUACAUUACAUUCCAUGCAUUUUUGCAAAAAUAUUGUUAAAAGAUGCCAGUAUACUGGGUAUUUGUUCCAUUGUAAUCUGUGAAAGAUUUUUUUUUUUUUAUCUUUUAUCUUUUUUAUCAUAUAAAUGUAAAUUUGAGAUAUUGUAUGUGUACUAAUUCUAGCAAGAUUUGUAUUUUAGCGCCUUUGGUGCUGAAUGAGAAGUGCUAAUUUAUGGACCGCAAUAAAAUACAAAGUCAUGUUUUAUCCAUUAUCAUUCCAUCUAGUAAUCCACUCCUAAUGUGCUAAAUUCUAAGUACACAUACAGUAUGUUGAAUAAUCUUUUGGGAACUUGCAUUUUCAUGAAUUUUAAAACUUUUUUGCAAUAUGGUUGUGUUGGAUUUUUUCCAAUUUUUUUUUUUUUUUCUGGUACCCUAUUGUACAUUCAUGUUGAUCUGAUUUCGCUAUGGUUCCUUUCUAUUUUGAUAUUUUAUUGUAAGAUUUAUAGUUGAUUAUCUAUAUCAUAAUUGAUGAUACAGUGUGCUAUGGGAAUCAUGGAUUUUGGCUUUCUGGGUUGAUAUCCUUAAUUGGUACUGAGAUGUUGUUUUUAUCAGAAAAUGUUAUGUGAGACAUUUCAAUAUUGAUGUUUCCACAGACAAAAUGUACCUUAAGUUAUGAUAAUAGGAAAAUAUUGCUUCUGCGUUGUGGAAUAUGGCAUACAGAUAUAUUGUGAUAUGUUAUACUGUACAUUUGUCAGAAAACACUCGCCCUUUAUCACACCCUAAGUUAGAACACCUGUGUAUCACACCCUAAUGUAGAACACCUGUGUAUCACACCCUAAUGUAGAACACCUGUGUAUCACACCCUAAUGUAGAACACCUGUGUAUCACACCCUAAUGUAGAACACCUGUGUAUCACACCCUAAUGUAGAGCACCUGUGUAUCACACCCUAAUGUAGAACACCUGUGUAUCACACCCUAAUGUAGAACACCUGUAGGUUUCAUUCAGAAUACUAUGACCACUUUCCAGUUUGAGUGCAGACAUAGAAAUGUCAGCAGUAGAUGUAGACAAAGAUUUAAACAUUAACUAGGGGGAGUGAACUUAAGUAUUUCAAAAGCUCAGUCAUUCUCUGUCAAUCUGACUGAAAUUGAAUACUAGUAGAUCUAGAUAAUCUUAAUUAUUGCUUCUUCUUUUUAUUUUUUAUUUUGAUGGUGUUCUGCUUGAAUUGUGAUUUCAAAUACUAUAUAUUAUGUAAUAAAAUUGUGGAAUUAUUUAAAUUCAUGAGGGGCAAUUUUCAUGGAUUGCCAAAAUUUUUGUUUCACUCCAACAUUCGUUCGUAUUUUAACAUGGAAACAUUAUAUCAAUGGUGCAUUUUCAUGGUGAUUUUAAAUUGAGUCCCCACAAAAUGAACGAUUUCACUGCACACUGCAAAUUCUUUCAACCCUCUUCCAACAUCCUCAUGAGAGCCUUGGUCCUCCGACUGGUAUUGGAGUCGCGUGUUGAUAUGUUUGUGAUGUAAUAUUUUCUAUAUAACUACCAGUAUUUCUUUUGUGCCUAAUAUUGCCUUGAAUCGACUUCAUUUUUUAUUCUGGGGUUGAUGUUUGGUUCUAUGUGACUUUGCAGUGUUGUGAAUUAUUUUUCUCAGUUACCCAGCAAAUGUAAAAUUCUGUAUAUUUAUAGAAAAUGUUUUUAUGUUUUAUGGAGUAGUAGUAAGCACAAAACAAAAAAAAAGGUAAGUCUAAUUCACAGUGUAUGUGUACUGAUUCCAACAUCAUUAAUUUUAAGAUUUUACAUUGAAAGUAUUUUGUUGUAGUACCAAUAAUAUGGCUGUCGGAAUGUUUCAUUAUAAACAGCAAAAAGAGAUACAUCAUUCUGUAUAAAGUGUUUACUUCAAUGUUUCUACAUAGCUUAACAUUGGAAUUUAACUGUCUUUCCAAAUUUUUUUGUGAUGCUCUUUAGACAAUGAGGUUGAUUUGACUGUAUAUAAUGAUUGACUUGUGUAUCUUGUAGUGUAUUUAGCUUUGUCAUACAGUUAAUUUUUAACCUUUUAGUAAAUUAUUAUUUAGGUGCUAAAUGGAACAUUAGUCAUUCUUAAUGUGAUGUAUUAUCCUCACAUGCUCUCCAUCAGAUUUUAAAGAGUGGGUCAAUCUGUGGUGUUCUAAAUUAAUUCACAUCUCUAACGGCAUUUAGGCAAUACACUGUAGAUGAUACUGCCCUUCUAGGUCUUUAGUACCUUUCAUAUCCUAGCCAUGUGCAAUUUCAACAUGUUCAGCUACCUCAUGCCCCAAAACUAAAUAUUAUAUUUAUAAUUGGCAUGAGAAGACAAUCAUGAAAAAUUCAAUGCUGUAUGUGUAAUUUGUAAAAAAUAAGAAAAAAAAUUAUAUGUUCUAAAAAGUUCAUGAAAUCCUUUAUAGUGUAUGUAAAAAUAAAAUUGAAAUGUUGUGGUUUGCUGAUAAGUGCAAUGUUUUUCAUCUGAUAUCCAAAGCAAUUACUUGGUGCUUCAAUAACAUUGUGCUCCUUGCAUAUGUCAAUGACAUUUUAUCAGGCUCAAGGUUUCCCUUUUGGUAAUAUGAAAUCAGUGCAUUAAUGAAUAAUUGAUUGGAAUGUAUGAUGUGGCUAACAGCCACUUUUAAGAUAUUUUUAUGAGAAAUUGGUAUGAAAUGUUGCUGAAUAUUGCCGGCAGCUUUAUGCUUCAUUUUACUGUAUUUUUACAGUUUUCCUGCUAUAAACCAACUUUAGUUAUGGCAAUUUUUUAUUUUUAAGCGUGUAAUUUUUAGUAUUCGGAUAUUUUCUUUUAAAAAUUAUGAUUUGAAAGCUGGUCUUAAAAAUGAAGGUUUUUAUAUAUUUUUACAGGGUAUUUUAUUAGUAAUGAGAAUUUAACCUGUGUAAAUUCCUGUGAAGCAGUGAUGAGACCUUAAGAUAAUGAAUAUAUCUUAUGUACAAGAUAACAAAUUUAUGUCCUAUAAACACAUAUUUUACAGAUUUCCUCCAUUCAACAGAUUUUAGACAUGGAGUAAUGGGAAACUAAAAUAGACAUUGAAAUAUAAUAGGGUAUGGAAAUAGACGUCAAAACAUAAAUGUUAAUGUACAGAAAUGGACGUCAAAACAUAACUGUUAAUGUACAGAAAUAGACGUCAAAAAGUAACAGUACUGUUAAUUUACAGAAAUAGACAUCAAAACGUAACUGUUAAUGUACAGAAAUAGACGUCAAAACGUAACUGUUAAUGUACAGAAAUAGACGUCAAAACGUAACUGUUAAUGUACAGAAAUAGACGUUAAAACGUAACUGUACAGAAAUAGACAUCAAAAUGUAACUGUUAAUGUACAGAAAUAAAAAUGUAACUGUUAGUGUACAGAAAUAAAAAUGUAACUGUUAGUGUACAGAAAUAGACGUCAAAACAUAAAUGUACAGAAAUAGACAUCAAAACGUAACUGUUAAUGUACAGAAAUAGACGUCAAAACGUAACUGUUAAUGUACAGAAAUAGACGUCAAAAAGUAGCAGUACUGUUAAUUUACAGAAAUAGACGUCAAAACGUAACAGUGUACAGAAAUAGACGUCAAAAAGUAACAGUACUGUUAAUGUACAGAAAUAGACAUCAAAAAGUAACAGUGUACAGAAAUGGACAUCAAAAUGUAACUGUUAAUGUACAGAAAUAAAAAUGUAACUGUUCGUGUACAGAAAUAAACAUUAAAGCAAAACUGUUAGUGUACAGAAAUAGACAUAAAAAUACAACUAUAGACAUCGAUGCAUAACUGUUAGUGUACAGACACAAACAUUAAAACAUAACUAUAGACAUCAAUGCAUAACUGUUUGUGUAUGGAAAUAGACAUCAAAAUACAACUAUAGACAUCAAUACAUAACUGUUAAUGUACAGAAAAAUGUAAUUCCAUGUUAUUUAGUGUAGUUAACCCACACACACAAUCCAAACAGUUACGUAAAAGAUGAAUGGUAUUGUUUACUAUACAUAUUGUUAUUAUUUUAUGACUACUGGAAAUUAUACAAUAUAUUGGUUAAUACUAGAAUUUAAGUACUGGAGGAUAUACUCAUUUUUAGAUACUAAAAUUUUGUGAUAUUGUUGUAAACUUGGUUCUAUAUUUAUGAUGUAUAUAAAUUGUUAUGUUAUAAUCUGAAAAUAGCUGUAAUUUUAUUUUUAUAAACAUUCAUUAGUUGAAUUUGCCAGGAAAAUUGUUGCAGUGUGGAAAUUUUAAUAUGAGCCGCUCACAAAUGCUUUUGAAUGCAAAAUGUGGGGAAAAGUUGAAUGUUUUUAUCCCUUUGUAGGUUUAACAGAUAUAGAGACAAUAAUUAUAAUCAAUACAUUUUCAAGCAAAUCAAAUUUAUAUUAUGUAUACAGGCUAGUCAGAAUAUCAGAAUCAAAUUGCUACAUUUAAACCUGUCCCAAUAAUGUUAUUAGAUGUUAAUCAAUAGAAGAAAUUUGCAUUUAUACUGUACGUUGAGAUAAUUUUGGCAUUUUUAUUUUGUAUAUCAAUCUAUUUUUCUUCCCAUAUCAAGGGAAGUAACUUUUCAUCUUGCUGGAAACCUAUUGCUCUGCUUGCAGAUGCCAGUUUCUCUCCACAGCUGUAGUUACAUUGUAUCCUGUUAUUGGUGUGUGUUAAUAUACUAAGUCAUGUUUAAUAAAUAAAUUGCUUUCAAAACU